AUGUCUGAUUCCAUGCAAUCUAUCGCCCCCAUAUCCUCCACCCCUGAGAAGAAGAAACGACCUCGACGUGUUCGCAAAGCCAAGAGCCUGGAUAGCGGUACAAAACCCAAGAAAUCAGUCCUUCUCGACGAGCUGGGUGACGCGUUAGUCGACCAAUUCUAUAUUCCUAGUCUGGACCAUCGGUUGGAGACCCCCAAUGUAUCCGUCGUCGACCAUUUGCGCACCAGCCUCCAUGCAGCACCGAUUUCCGACGCCAGCUCGGUCAGCAGCAGUCGCGCAUUGACUGCAGUUGAAAGUCACGUCGAAAGUACACCUGCAACAAGUCUGGAUGACCCUGAUACGCGUGAUCAUGCCCUGGACAUCUCAAUCUCUGCAUCGUCUACCGGGAUCAGCCGUACCGAAUCCAAAAGUGAGCCGCCCCGGGCCAACAAGAACCGUGACCAGGGAGACAUUUUCUGUUUGGAAGAUUUCUCUACGAUGACUGCCAUCCAACGAUUGACAGCACAAUAUGGUCGGGUAGCUCACAUGGGUAUGUUGGACCAUAGCUACCGGUUCUUCGUGAACAGUGCCCGGACGGCAGCAUUGUCGUUUAAGGUUCAAAACCGGGUGGUGAUUGUAGGUGGAGACCCUCUUUGCGACCCAAAUCCAGUCGCAAUCAGGAAUCUGCUCGCCGAGUUCGCAGUAUAUCGAGCCCGCCAUCAUUGGGGAAUAGCCUUUAUGGGAGCGAGUGAAUCCUUCGUUCGAGAUUACGUCGAAGCCCAACCAGAGAAAUGGACCACCAUCCGCUUCGGCACUGAGCGUGUACUAAAUCCCCAGACCAACGAUGUACUUCUCGAACGAAGCGGGAAACGAAUAGCCGUACAAAACCGACAGUUGCUCAAUCCCCAAAAGGGAGGCGUGAGCUUAGGUCUGUAUGUUCCAGCGAUCCAUGGCACAGAUGCCCAGCUCCAAUCAGACCUUGUCGCCCUUUAUGAUGCUUGGCGCGCCGAGCGCAACGACUCCAACGGCCCGCAGGCAUUUAUCACAGUAUACGACCCCUUUGCGCUGCCCAAUCUCAUGACAUUCGUAUAUAGUCGUGGAUCGGACGGACGAGUUAAUGGCUUUGCUGCCCUGCGACGUCUGGGCUGCAGUGGCUAUCAUGUCGACCCAUGCAUUGCUGCUCCGGGCAGUCCAAAAGGAAUUAGUGAUUUGCUCAUCGUCGCCGCCAUGGCCCUGCUUAACCGUGCCGAUGUCUCUUAUCUGGGCUUUGGCUUUGAGCCUGCCCAGACCUUACUACCUGAGGAUGUACGCGGCAUGCGAAGGCCACUGGAUGGUCUGACACGAGACUUAUACGGCCACACUUUCCUGCGUCUUCCGAUUCAUGGCAAGAAGGCCUACCAUGAUAAGUUUCGGCCUGAUUCCACGCAGGAUUCCGCAUUGUAUCUGGUUUUUCCGGAUGGUGUGCCAGGGCCAAGACAUUUGCUCGCCAUGAUGCACAUGGCUAAUAUUAGCUUGCGAAAGAUGAUUUGGACUGAUCUACGGACCAUGCUGAUCGAUCGCAAGUCAAAAUUCCCAAAGCCGUCGUCCUCUUCCUCGGAGGCCCCGAUUGAUGCUAUUGAUCAGCAACCUUCUGUGGCUGUGAAUGGGUGA